CGGAAGGGGAGACUGGAGAGGAGCGAGUGGGGGAAACCCGCGUAGUCGAGCAAGCUGCAGCGCGGGGAGAUGAAAAGGUCUGGCUAUGUAGCACAGGUUGACCUGGAACUCUGCAUCAUUUUGCCUCAGCCUCUUCAGUUCUGGUAUCACAGGCACUCACCACCAUGCCCUGUUGGAGGGUUAUUUUCAUGUUGAGAUGUCUGGAAGGAGAUGGGCAAAGAUGGAGACUAGGGGUAUGCUGCUUACUGGUGGCCUGUGGAGCUCCUCACCACCAUCCUGGUCCUGAGGUUCAGUGACUACCUGCUGUUGCUUGCCAUUAUCUACCAACAUGGACAGAGGCGGCCUCCUGCCCUUCCAGCUCUGGUGCCCCCGGCCCUUCGGCACAUACUCCCAGAACCAGCCGUGCCCACCUUCCGCAGCCCUCAAGCCGCCAGUCUGCCCUGACACAAGCAACGGGACUGAGCCUGAUCACGGGCCUGCACACUCAGAGAACACACCACCUGCCUUGGCUGCAGAAGCCCCCACCUCCCCGCAUGCUCCACUCCUUUCUACAGCAGCUGCUGGUGAUGAGGGUCGAGUCCUGCUGGACACAUGGUAUGUUAUCAAGCCUGGAAAUACAAAGGAGAAGGUGGCCUUCUUUGUGGCCCACCAGUGUGGUGGAGGUAGCAGGGCUAGCUCUAUGAAAGUCAAAGGGCACUGGGGCAAUGACAGUUCCAAAGCUAAGAGAAGGAGGCGCUGCCUUGAGCCCACCAAGGCUCCUCCAGACCCAGGGGGCCAAGAAGGGCCUCCUGCCACUGAGGCCCCCCCCACUUCAUCUGGGGAUGACGUAGACCUGCUCUCUGUAGCAGAAAUGGUGGCCCUGGUGGAACAGAGAGCUGCCCUGGCCCUGCAGAGUUACCCACGUCCCACUACCCCAGCUCCUGUGGUGUUUGUAUCAGCUGAGCAGGGGGGAUCAGCCAAGGGCCUAGGGUCAGAAAGGCGGUCUGGUGGUGGUGACUGUAGCCGAGUUGCUGAGGCAGUGGCCCACUUUGAGGCCCAGCGGGACAGCCCUCCAACCAAGGGUCUCCGGAAGGAGGAACGGCCAGGCCCUGGGCCCGGUGAAGUGCGUAUAGCUUUCCGAAUCUCCAAUGGCCGAGAACCCCGUUCACCAGAUGGCAGCUUACCCAAUGGGGGCGCAGGUCGGCCUGGUUGUCCCUACCCUGGUAGUCCUGGACCUGGGGCUCGAGCCAAAGACAAAAUCACCUGCGACUUGUACCAGCUUAUCAGUCCCUCCAGGGAUGCCCUUCCCAGCAACGUGGAGUUCCUACUGGCCAGGGCCGAUGAAGCCAGUGAGGCUGAGACACCAACCCCAGCCAGGCCUCAGGACACUCCCCCAGCACCCCCUCCACCUCCUGCCCGGGACUGUGGUGCAUCAGGAUUCCACGUGGAUGUGGUAGUGACUGGUGUAGUGGAUGAGUGUAUCUUCUUUGGCAAAGAUGGCACUAAGAACGUGAAGGAAGAGACUGUGUGCCUGACAGUGAGCCCUGAGGAACCUCCCCCACCUGGCCAGCUCUUCUUCCUCCAGUCCCGGGGCCCAGAAGGGCCUCCUGAGCCACCCCCAACUGAUACACCAAGCACAGUGCCAGGCCCUGACGAUUCUGAGGGCACAGCGGACACCUCUCUGUGCCGCCUGUACCGGCACGUGUCACACGACUUCCUGGAGAUUCGCUUUAAAAUCCAGCGUCUUCUGGAGCCCCGGCAGUAUAUGCUGCUGCUGCCUGAGCACGUGCUGGUCAAGAUCUUCAGCUUCCUGCCCACCCGGGCCCUGGCAGCCCUCAAGUGCACGUGCCACCACUUCAAAGGCAUCAUCGAGGCUUUCGGUGUACGUGCCACGGACUCUCGCUGGAGCCGGGACCCGCUCUACCGCGAUGACCCUUGUAAGCAGUGCCGCAAGAGAUAUGAGAAGGGCGAUGUGUCACUGUGCCGCUGGCACCCCAAGCCCUACCACCAUGACCUGCCUUAUGGACGUUCCUACUGGAUGUGCUGCCGCAGAGCCGAUCGUGAGACACCAGGCUGUCGCUUGGGCCUGCAUGACAACAACUGGGUACUGCCGUGCAAUGGGGUGGGUGGCGGCCGUGCUGGCCGGGAAGAGGGGAGGUGAAGCCUGACAAUGAGGAGACACCUGCCAUACCUAGCCCCUGCCCGCUUUGCUGGGAGCUGGGGCACAGAACUGAGUCCCCAGCCAACACCUACCAGUCCAUGCAGCAUUGAUCUCCCACCAGAACUGGGACUAGGUUUGGGGGUCACCGGGGUAAAUACCCUGCUUGACCUCUGUUGGUUUUCUACUCUUCAGAGCCAAGGCCAUGAACCCUCAGAGAGGGUUGUUUUUUUCUGUUUGUUUUUUAUCAGCAUCUCAAUUUUGCCUCCAUCCAGCCCCAAUCCCAGUCCCGAGUCUCUCCAUCCCAGGGACCCACCAGCAGGGAGCAGACGGCAGCUAAUUUUGGUACCACCUGAGGCUUUCCUCUAGCUGGCCCUCCCCGUUCUUCUGUACCUCCCCCCAGUUAUCUUUGGAGCUGUGUUUACCCAGGACGCUGCAGGCUCCAAGGGUGCCAUGUCCAGGCCCUUAGCUCACAAUUCAAGUUGGCACUAUUUUGAGGGAGCCCACCAUUUCUAGAUGUUUUCCUCAUUAAAUAAAAAAUGUUUUCUUCUGAAAUUCAAA